AUGGCAGCCUCUCCCGCUGGCCGUAUGCUAGCCCGCCAACUGCAGCAGAUGCAGUCCGAUAAGGAUAUCCCCGGGAUCAGCUGUGGCCUGGUAGACAACAAUAUCUUUGAGUGGGAGGUCAUGUUGAUGAUCUCAGAUGAUGUCAAGCUAUAUGGAGGUGGCUUUUUCCGUGCUCGUCUCACAUUUCCACCUGAAUAUCCCCACAUGCCUCCAAAGAUGAAAUUUGAGUCGCCCAUUUUCCACCCCAAUAUCUAUGAAAAUGGCGAAGUGUGCAUUUCGAUUCUGCACCCCCCAGAGGAAGACAAGUACGGAUACGAGUCUGCUGCCGAGCGCUGGUCGCCCGUUCAGACCCCCGAAACCAUCCUCCUUUCGGUCAUUUCGAUGCUGUCAAGUCCCAACGACGAGAGUCCCGCCAAUGUGGAAGCUGCGCGGUUAUGGCGUGAAAACCCUGCCGAGUUUAAGAAACGGGUGCGCCGUUGUGUCCGGGAGAGCCAAGGCGAGGAUUGA